AUGAGGACCAGACAGUCAAAUCCCACCUGCUGUGUGCUGUACGGCCCUCCCAACAUGAGCGACUACACCUUCAAUCGAGACCGCCUACCACCGUCAGACCUGGAGGAGGUCGAGGAGGAGGAGGAGGAGGAGGAAGAGAAAGAGAAGGCGCAAGAGGACACCAAGCUCCUCCUGGCGGCCCCGUGCCGCCUCCAGACGGUGCGGGUCGGUGCGCUCCUGCCGGCGCAGCGCGCGGCACGCGCGCAGGUGCAGGCGGCUCUGAGCCGCGCGGCGGCCGCGGCGAGCCGGGACCGGGAGACGGAGGAGGACCGGGACCCGCAGCUGCCCUAUAACCUGAGCCUGGAGCUGGUGUCCCAGAGGCUGCCCGCCGCGGACCCGGCGUCGCUGCUCCGGAGCGUGUGCGCGGCGGCGCGCGGCGCGUCCGCCGUGCUGGCCUUCCCACAGAGCCGCGAGGAACUGCUGCAGGUCGACCUGGUGGCCUCGCACGUGCAGGUCCCCUUCCUCAGCCUCGUGGAGCACGGGGAGCCUCUGCGCACGCAGAACCGGUUCCACCUGCAGAUGGUCCACCGGCUCCCGGACUCGGGCCUGUCGGACAUCCUGCUGUCGGUUCUGCGGCACUCGGGCUGGCGGGAGGGCUCUGCGGUGCUGUGCCAGGGCUGGGAGGAGGCGCGGGGCCUGCUCCGCCUCCUGGACCGGUCCUCGGGGCCGACCCGCUGGCGCCUCCUGGACCUGUCUUCCUCCCACGACGAAACGCAGAUCCAGGACUUCCUGCGCCGCCACUUCCUGCUCCGCCGCUCGGCCACGUGGGUGCUGCUCUUCGGCGCCGAACCGCAGUGCGCGGCAGCGGUGCUGCGCGGCGCCCGGGACCUGGGACUGACUUUACCCACAAUGCACUGGGUGCUGGGCCGGCCACUCGGGCCCGACGCUCUGCAGGCCGUCGGGGCGCCGCCGGGCCUCCUGGCAUAUGGCGAGGUGGACCGUAAACCGCUGGACUUCUACAUCCGGGACGCCCUGCAGCUGCUCACCAGGGCCGUCGCCACGGCCUCCAGACGGAGACCCGAUCUGGUUCUGGCCCAGAAGACGGUGGGCUGUGAGGAAGAGGAAGACGAAGAGGAAGAGGCAUCUGGGAAGUUUCUGUCCAGGUUCCUUUCCAACACCUCCUUCUCUGGACUCACCGGUCCAGUCCGGGUCCUCCAGAACUGCUCCCAGGUCCAGACCUCCCAGCGGUUCCACAUUUGGAGCCUGCAGUCGGACCCCCUGGGUCAGCCAUCCUGGGUGACGGUGGGCAGCUGGGAGGCGGGCCGGCUCCGGGUGGAGGACCCGUCGGGAUGGCUGCGUGGCUCUGGCUCGCCCCGCCCCCACGGUUCUCGAUGGAGACCUGGUCUGCCGGUCCUGGGGAGCCGGGUGCGCACCGUGACCCUGGUGGAGCACCCCUUCGUCUUCACUCGCAACGCCGACCGCGACGGUAGCUGCUCUGCCGGCCGGUCUUGCCUGGACCCGGGCCAGAAAGGCUUGGACCCGUCCCAGAAUGGAACCGCCCACAAAUGCUGCUACGGCUACUGCGUGGACCUCCUGGAGAAGCUUGCCGAGGACCUGGGCUUCGAAUUUGACCUGUACGUCGUGGCUGACGGGAAGUACGGCGCCCGGACCCGGUCGGGCUGGACCGGGCUGGUGGGGGACCUCCUGGCGGGCCGCGCCGACAUGGCAGUCACCUCCUUCAGCAUCAACUCAGCACGGAGCCGGGUCAUCGACUUUACCUCGCCCUUCUUCUCCACCAGCUUGGGGAUCCUGGUUCGAACCCGGGACUCGGCGGCGCCGGUGGGGAUCUUCACGUGGCCGCUGCACUGGUCCAUGUGGGUGGGUGUCUUCCUCGCCCUCCACGUCACCGCACUCUUCCUCACGCUGUACGAGUGGCGCAGCCCCUUUGGCAUGACGCCACGGGGCCGCGGCGGCCUUCGUGUCUUCUCAUACUCGUCGGCGCUCAACCUGUGCUACGCCAUCCUGUUCGGUCGCGCCGUGUCGGCCAAGACACCCAAGUGUGGCACGGGCCGCGUGCUCAUGAACCUGUGGGCCGUCUUCUGCCUGCUGGUGCUGUCCAGCUACACCGCCAACCUGGCGGCCGUCAUGGUGGGAGAGGAGAGCUUCCAGGAGGUGACAGGGAUCCAUGAUGCGAAGCUGCAGCACCCCUCCCGGGGCUUCCGGUUUGGUACAGUCCGUGACAGCAGCGCCGAGGAUUACAUGAAGAAGAGUUUCCCAGAGAUGCACGAGUACAUGAGGAGCUUCAACGAGCCCACCACACCAGCAGGGGUCGCUAUGCUCAAGAGCGACCCCCCCGGUCUGGAAGCCUUCAUCAUGGAUAAAGCUCUUCUGGACUACGAAGUUUCAAUCGACUCCGACUGUCAGCUGGCAACAGUCGGAAAGCCCUUUGCUAUCGAAGGCUACGGGAUCGGCCUCCCCCAGAACUCCCCCCUCACCUCCAACCUGUCGGAGUGGAUCAGUCGGUACCGCUCCGACGGCUUCCUGGACCGGCUGCACCACAGGUGGUACCAGGAGGCCCCCUGCAGACAGAACCCCGGGCAGAACCGCGGGGGGCCGGUCACCGAGACCCUCCAGAUGGGCAUCCGUCACUUCUCCGGCCUCUUCGUCUUGCUCUCGGCCGGAGUGGGAGGAGCCUUGCUGACUCUGGCUGCAGAACACGCCUUCUACAGGCUGCUGCUGCCGCACAUCCGCCGCAGCGGCAACCUCAGCAACUGGAUGCACACGUCUCAGAAGAUCCACCGUGCUCUCCACAUGUCGUACGAAGACGUGAUGCGGCGGCGGAUCGAGCGUCAGAAGAGUUGUAACCAGUCGGCGGACGCUGCUGCGGCCCCUCCCCCUCCUCCCUCUCCUCCCCCUCCUCAGCCACGCCCCCCUGAUACUGCCUCCGAAUGGGACGACGAGAUCGACGCGGAGGCAGCCGCCGCCGCCGCCGGCGACGCCCGGGACUUCCGGCGGGUCAACUUUCACCUGGAGACGCUCAAGACGCGCCGCCUGCUGGCGCGCCUCGGCGAGAGCAAAGGGGGUGGGGCCCGGGGCGAGAAGGUGGGGCCAUGUGAGAAUGGCGUGUCGCCGCGGGCUCCGCCCCCCACCGUGGCCCCGCCCCGCCCCGGAGAGCUGCAGCAGCUGCAGGAGACCAUUGAGGAGAUGAGGGAGGAACUGAGGGCAGCACUGGCCAGGAGGGCGGAGCUUCAGACCAAGAGGGCGGAGCUACAGACUGGGAGGGCGGAGCUACAGACCGGGACAGAGGAGCUACAGACCAAGAGGGCGGAGCUACAGACCGGGAUGGAGGAGCUACAGACCAAGAGGGCGGGGCUUCAGGCCAAAAGGGCGGAGCUACAGAACGCAACCACUGAGUCCAUUUCCGUGGAGACCGCCGUCACUACGGAAACGCCGCUUCAGCAGAUCAGCCAAUCAGACGAUAGGAGGCCUCCUACCACCUGACUGGCUACAAGCUCCGCCCAUCAAACGCUGUCAGUCAUUCAUGUGUGUGUUUGUUACUUUAUGUGUGCUACACACUUAAAGUAACAAAUGCACACAAAAAAUAAUACACACGUGAAGUAGCACACAGACAAUCAAACACACACACACACACACACACACAGUAACAAACACUCACAGUAACACAGGCUCACAAUAAUACACUCUCACAUAGACACACAUUAACCCACACACUCACAGCAAUAGACACACAGUAACACACACAGUAAACACAGUUUCAGGGUUGAUGGUUUUCCUCAGGACUUGAACCGAGGUCUAUGUACUGUGAGGUGACAGUGCCAAACCACUGCACCAGAUUCUAAUGAGCCAAACUAUUUUAAUAGAAAUGAAGGUAAACUGUUCACAGUGUGUUUCCCACCAGCACUACUCAGAGACGCUGAAAACACAACUUUUUGAACACCUGACUUUUUUAAAAUGCAACUUUUUAACAAUGUGACUUUUUGAAAAAAAUAUCUUUGGAAUUGUUCGGCGAUUUUUUGAAAAUGCUAAAUUUUGGAAAAUAUUCCAACUCCAUUGAAAGUGAGAAAAAUGAAACAUUUUAAAAACAUAACUUUUUACUAAUGUGACUUCUUGAAGCCGUAGCUUUUUGAAAGUAAACAUUAUGAAAACUCUCUGUGGAAACGAGAAAUUCCACUUUCCAAACUUUUUGGAAAAUACUAAUUUGUCACUACGGUCUUAUCUUAAAAGGGAAAGUUUUGAAAAUUAGAUUCAUUUGAAAACGUCAUCUUCAAAAUGCAGUUUUUCCAAAAACAGAUUUUUUUUUUUAAUUACAACUUGUUGAAAACGUAAAUCUUUGAAGCUUUAAAGGUUAAUGCAGGUGCACUCAGGAGUUUGCACGUUUUAUGUGAAACAGCGCCCCCUGCAGGUCUUGGGCGUAAUGCAGCUUAGUGAAAAACUCGUCCCUGUGGCUCACGUGCACGGAAGAGGGGAA